AUACAUUCGUUUAUUCGCUUGACGACCGUUCAGUUAGACAGACUGUGCUUUCCAUACUGGCUGGAGUAGUGAAACUCCCUUGAAUGGCUUGCAUUGAUUCAUAGCUGCAGUAGCACCAAAACAACAUUCUAAACGUUUGUCAGUGCGAUAUACGCGUUAAUGCUUAAGCUGUGAAAUCAUUCGAAGUUGCAGAAAUUGAGUGAAACUAGACGAGAAAACCCUUAAAACAAUAAUCAAAGUGCCGUGAUCGUGUCCAAGUGGUGGUGUUGGUUGCUUAUGGAAGACUCAUAAAAUUGAGUGGACCGUGUCCACAUAUGGAACGUCGCGUCGCGAACGGUUCCUUUCCUGUCGCGUCGCUACCACCAGUUUCGUCACCGCUUCGUCGGUCGCCCUAGCUAGUCCAUUAUUACUCCAAACUACUGUGUGUCCGAAACCGUCCAACAACGGAAGUCGUUCCGGUGCUGAGCCCAGCCGCUGGUGUCAUUUUUUCCAAAUUUGAGAUAUUUGCCCUGUGGUAUUCUUCCACCCAUCGUCCGAAAUGAGUUCUCUAAAGUUCCAGCAUUUGAGCCUUAACAGCCCGCAGCUUGCGCUCGCUGCAAGUUUUAAUGCGAACGAUCUGUCCGAGUUCAAUCGGGCGCUGAAUAAUGGGGCGAACGUGAAUCUGCGCGAUCGUGACACAACAUACUCGGCGUUCGAAUUAGCAUGCAAAACUCCCGGCAAAAAGCAAUUCAUCAGAGCCUGCCUGAAUCGUGGAGCAGCCGUGUCAGAGCGAAACCCUCAGACCAACGAGUACCCCAUUCAUCUGGCUGCCCUGUCCUUCGAUACAGACAAUCUUUCGGAGUUGCUUGAACUGCCGCGCAUCGCUGUCGACCAGAAGUACGAAGAUCGAACGGCAUUGUUUUUACUGUUUGAGCAGAUCAAUGGUGAUAACUGGAGGGAAGUGUUUGAGUGCAUUAAGCUGCUAUUAAAAUACCACGCCAACAUUAACGCGACGAACGAAGAUAGUGUCUCGCCUAUAGCGCUACUCGUCACUGGUAACGACGGUUGGCGGAAGGAAAUAUUGGAAUACUGUCUGCAAAACUACAGCGUGAACGUAGACUUCCGCCGGAAACAAGCACGUAAAGCGAUCGAGCAACACUUUCCCGGCACAAUAAUCCCAAAAAUCGACAUGGAAAAUGUGACGCUGGAAAUACUGCGGAACAAGUUAGUAGCUGGAACGGAAGAUGAGUUUCUCACGGCUUAUGAGAAAUACAGUCGUCAAAAUGAAGGUCACGUGCUACGGGAUGAAGAUUUUACCGAUCUGCUGUCGAACGCGGUGUACCAAGCGAAGCAGAUGAUUGCGCUGAAGCUCCUGGAGGGCCGUAUCGUGGGUGGAAAAUUUACCGGAAAGCCUGCGCUACUCUCCGGACUGUUGGCCAUGUGCUGUAAUCGAGGAAACGUGCCGCUGCUUGAAAUGUUGCUAAAAAUCAUACCAGAUACUGAGGUGUGGUUGAUAAACGAGGAUCCGCUGCUUUCGUUGCUGGUGAAACAAAUUGACGUGUACAAGGACAAGAACAAGUGUCCCUUCUUCAAGAGUAUGGGCAUUUUGCUAAAAGAUCCCCGCAUAGAGGUGGACAAAAUCGACGUGAAACAUUACACUGCAAUGCACUACGCGGUGAAGUACAAGAUCGAUCAUGCUCAGGAGCUGCUACUUGCCAAGGGUGCUUACGUCGGGGGUGAGAACAUGUUCGGAGAGUCACCGAUCAGCGAUAUGGAUUCCUUGCUGUUGGAGAAGCAUCUGGACUCGUGCGUUACGAGCAACGAUCGGAAGCCCGGUGACGAGGACUACGAAGUGAGAAUAGAUUUCUCCAACUUCAUACCACCGGCACACAAACCAAACUAUGCCAAACCGGCACAGGUACCGUUCGUUGGGCUACCGUACGAGGACGAGAUGCAACCGAUCGUGCGGAUGGCACAAUCGUCCAGCGCCAAGCGACUGCUCCGGCAUCCUGUGAUAUCAAGCAUUUUGUUGCUGAAGUGGCUGAAGCUAAUUUGCUUUUUUUACAUCAAUCUGGUCAUCUGUACGAUAUUCUUCGUCUCGUUUACGAUGUACGUUGUGUUCUGCUAUGGACGGGAGGACGCACCGUUCAAGCUGUUUUUCUACUUCGUGUCGCUGGCCGGAUGGAUAUAUCUGAUCGUACGCGAGUUGAUCCAGUUUUUGCUGAACAUGCGCGUGUACGUCCGAUCGCUGGAAAAUGGCAUGGAGGUGCUGCUCAUCCUUGCGUCUGGUGCGGUGUUGAUGCGAGAGUUUGGCGACGAAACACGGCGUGUCGCCUCGGCCUGCGUUAUUCUACUGUCAGCGUUGGAGUUUACGUUGCUGAUCGGUACGCUGCCUGUACUGUCCAUCGCCACGCACAUGGUUAUGCUGAAAACGGUGUCGAAGAAUUUCCUCAAAUGCUUGGUACUGUAUUCAAUCAUACUGCUUGCAUUUGCGUUCAGCUUUUACACACUGUUCCGGGUGAGCGGAAGCGCUAAAUCGGUGGAGACGAGCACCGGGGAAACCGUUACCGAGCAAGGUGGAGCGGACGCUGAUGACGAUCAGUUCAAUCAGUUCCAAGAGGUUCCGCUUGCAUUGAUGAAAAUAGCAGUAAUGUUGACUGGUGAAUUCGAAGCGGCGAACAUUAAAUUCCAACAGUCGAGCUUGAGCUAUGUUAUUUUUGCACUGUUUUUAUUCUUCGUCUCGAUCGUACUGUUCAACCUGAUGAAUGGUCUUGCUGUUAGCGAUACAACGGCAAUCAAAGCUGAAUCAGAAAUCAUCGGUAUUACGCAGAAGGUGUUUCUCAUCAACAAGUACGAAAAUGCGCUGAAGACAUCAAAACCAAUCCGAUGCGUAACCGAACGACUGGCAUGGAUAUUCCCCUCGAACAGUUUGCAGCUAUUCUCGAACGCCGAUCCGCUCAAGUACAUUGUCGUGAAGCCAAACCAAUCGAAUACGAUCAUGAUACCAUCGCUAGUGUCACGGUACACACACGACGUGGAGAAGGGUAAUCUCGAGCUGGGCAAUAAGUUGGAAAACGACCGAUUGCUGGAGCACAAUCAGAAGUACAGCACCGAAUGUUGCAUUAUGCCGUGCCUGAGCAAUAUGGACGGUAAAAUAGUGAAGUAUGCGCUGGAGAUUCUUCACUCACGGCAACAGAACGUAGGCUCGAUCGAUUACCGGUUGUCGCGUAUGGAGCAAAAUAUUGAACAAAUGUUUCAAAGACAAACAGAUCUCGGCAACCAAAUACAAUCACUAAUUACCAUGUUACAGGCAAAGUCUUAGGUUUUGCGCAUUCCUACGGUUACGGGUUGUAAGUUGAUGUUUAAAUUAUACAUGCGUACAGUGACUCAUCGUACGCAUCGCACGCAUUAACAUUAAACUGCAUUAAUGUUUUGGCUUUUUAAUUAAUUUAUUUUAAUCGCACUUAACUCAAACGCGAACUUUAAGCUCACAUACAUCAACGAUGGCGACGACAUUUAUUAAUGAUGAAUUUUUUUUUCACAAAUUCAUGUUUUCAUAUCUCACGAUUGUUAAUGUAAGUCGGAUCGAAGCAUUCACCACCACUGUGUGCCUUUUGUGGUAAAAUAAGAACCCAGUUUUUGAACGUUGUAUACCCAGGUUUGUUUUAAUCUUUGCAAACUUUUAUUGUUGUAACAUGCAUGUACGCAAGUGAAUACAGCAAUAGCAAGUAUUGACUUUUAAGGGCAUUUCAAAAAAUCGUUCUGAUGUGUUAACCAACCGUACGUUUGUAACUGUUGCUAAACGUGAAAUAAAUUGUUAAUGGUUUAAA